AUGUCACUUGUAUUCCGAAAACAAUUAGAAAUUUUGGAAAAUUCAGGGAUUCCUGUAAAAACCCUGACUGCGGCUGAUCUUUAUCCAUUUUGAGAAGACUCAGACCCAAGACUCAAGCACUUUGGUGACGAAGAGAAAAAAAAGUCAGUUUUAGAUGUUGCUGAAGAAUUAGAGCAAGGCAAAAAUCCUAAAUAUCGGCUACUGUUAUGCACUUUUAUAGAAGGCUUAGGCUUUUGAAAAGAUUACCAAGCUUUAAGAUCAGAAAUCAGCUCAUCAGAUCCUUACGAGCUUGCAAAAUUCGAUGCUGAGUUCAGACGAUACGUAUCCAGAAAACAAACACAAACCUAUGAAGACGAUUUUGAGCCAGAAAACCUUCCAAUUCUGUCAGCUUCGAAUCCAGAAAACGCUCCAACAGAUUUCAAUAGCACAUUUGACAGGGAUUCUGAGUGCAAUCGGAGUGAGUACUUUGGAGACACAAGUACUUUUUCAAGAUUCAAAACAAUUUCAUUUACAAACAUCGUCCCCCAACCAGUGAGAGGAAACUAUAAUCAAGAAUUGUAUGAAGAAGACAGCCUCGAGCUGGAUACAAGAACUGAAACGAAAACUUUUUUUACCCCAGCUGAGCUAGCACAAACUGAAGCAGAUAUAAAUGAUCUUUUAUUUCCUGAAGAUCAAUUUAUUAUCAAAAAAUUCAUAGCAAAAGGAGGAGAAGGAAAGGUUUAUGUCGCUGAAGAUGUGGUGACCAAAGAUCUUGUCGCAUUAAAACAAUUUGAAGCUCCUGUUGAGGAAAGAGAUGCUUUUAUCGCAAUCAUUUCGAAAGAAGCACAACUUAUGAAAUCUUUUUGCCAUCCAAAUAUAGUGAAAUGUCUCGGACUUUAUAUGCCACAGGAACAAACUGAAGGCAUGAUAACUGUAAGUAUUGUGAUGGAGUACAUAGAAGGAGGGUCUUUAGCUGACAAACUUAAAACUAAAGGACCAUUUUCUCUUGAAGAAAUAAAAGAUUUGUGCAAGGACAUUCUAGAAGGGUUGGAUUACUUGCAUGGGCUUAAUAUUAUCUACAGGGAUAUAAAGCCCAGCAAUAUUCUCUGCGGAGAUUUGCUGAAGAUUACUGAUUUUGGGAUUUCUACGCAAUUGAGAGAAAUUGAAACAAUUCCAAGAAGCUGUGCAGGAACUCCUUGGUAUAUGGCACCUGAGGUGAUAUUAGGGGAGCCUUAUUCUUACGCAGCUGAUAUAUGAAGUCUUGGCUGUCUGGUUUAUGAGCUAUACACUGGGAGCAAGCCUUUCAAAACAGCUGGACUUACAAGAGUUUUACAUUUGAUGGUGGAUUGUCUUAAUCCUUUGGAUUGCCAAGAAGAGCCACUUCCUCAAGAUUUAGAAGACUUCUUAUUGAAAUGCUGGAGACGGCCAUAUUCUUUGCGACCUUCCGCAAAAGAAUUGUUGGGGCAUAGAUUUUUAGUUUAA